AUGAAGAGGCUUUACGGUACGACAUCUCUCGAUGUACUGGAGGGUGCCGGUUUCGAGCCGGUGCUGAACGCUCAAGGCGAGCAGAUUGCGGCUGCUGAUCGGUCGUUGACAGAGGCCGCCUUGCAGCAGGUGCAACAAGGCAUCCGAAACCUGUCCGCUGUGCUGGCCAGCAGUGCCUGCAGAGGUCGCGGAGGAAACGGCCCUUGGGCAUACGGCGGUGGCGGCGCCGCCGAGAAGGAAGAGGCCCCCCCCAAAAAACCGAUGAGGCGCGCGCGCGAGAAGAGUUCCCGCGGUGACGCCAAGCCUGUCAACUGCCUUCAGACGGGAGACUUGGUGUUGGUCGACGGCGAUCUUGCGGCGGGCAAAACCAAUAACUUGGAGGUAGAUAAGAUUCUCCAGCACUUUUUUCCACCGAAAACGGUUCUGCGCUGCCACACCUUUCCGCAGCUCUUUCGUUCGUCAGUAGCUGAGAUUGAGAAGUUGGUGGAGGACAAAGAAUCGGAGUUUCUUCCCGAUCGUCUUACGACACCACUGGAUUGCAGGUACUCUGCACACGGGCGACAAAAGCCCAACCCGACUCCAGGUGUUUCGACUCCGCGCCCUCCGACGCUGUACAGAAGGAUCUCCGCAGGAAACUAG